AAUGUUGACACCCUGCAAAUCCAAAAACCCUCGUAUUAAGAUAAAAUGAUCAUACUGCAAAAAUAAAAAUAAAAAUUGGUCAUUUUCGAGGGAAUAAUGGCCUUCCGCAUUCUUUGAGAUUCAUGUUUACGCGUUUGUCGCCACGCGACCUGUCACCAAGGCAACGUGUGGAAACCAAGACUAAAAGACGGUUAAAUUCAAUGUAGUCUUGUGAAAAAUAACAGCACGAGUGUAUAUAGGCCUAAUUUGCCUGGGUGUAAAAUGGAAGAAAGCUAUGGAUCACUCCUCAAGAAAGCCAGUGCUCUGAUUGAUCAGUUUGCUGCAAGCAAACAGACUCUGGACGACUUUAUUGAAGAUGCUUCCAAAAAUCUGAAGGAUAUGGAACUUCAGCAUAGGGAGUUUGUGAUCGUUGUUGUCUCAGGAUGUAUUGAGCAAAAGAAAGCGCUGGACGUGAUCAUCAAUCCUUACUUAUGCCAUGAAGGAAAAACACAAAAACAUUUUCGUAGCCAAUUUGCCACGAUGUGUUAUCUCACUAUAUUCCACUUCGAUGACCUCGGACCUGCAGCUUACAAGACCGUCGUCAGAUCUCUGAACUCUGAGAAUAUGCUCACUUUCCUGAUGUUCUUCUUUAGUAAUCUCACCACUUGGAUUCAAAAUGAGUUGAAUUCUAUCUAUGAUGCCCAAUAUCUUAAGGACCAUUGGAUUGACCCAUUGUUAAGGAGGCGCUCGGAGAUCAUGACGCUCCUAAGGAAACUUAGCGUCAGAGAGCCCAAAACUCCUUCCAAAACGACGAAGCCUGUGGAAUUUUCCUUUUGUAAUCGUAAAGUCCCAUCUCGACCUCAGCCUGCACCCAGCCCUCUGCCAGAAAAAUACGUACCAGUACCAAACAGCAUGUACACGUUGCCAAAAGAAGUUCAAACAUUACACGUGCUCAAGCAAAGGAACCAACAAAAAGGAGAUGAACUGCUGGACGAGGCUAAUAUGUCGCCCUUCAAAUGUGCAAAACCACAAAAGUCUGAACAGACAAAGAGGGCGAUGGCCAAGAUCAAGGAAGAGUUGGACUCCAAACUCAAGUUCAAUUCCAUUUUUAAAAGUCCUCCUGUUCCGAUGACUAAGAACACGUGGCCCGUGAAACUCAACAUUGCAACAAUAAUGCGGCAGAGGGCGCUCUAUAACCACCAGGUGGAAGAAGAGCUGGCGAGGAUGGAGAAUCUGGUGGAAGGUGCAUAUGAGCCCUCUGCUUUUCUUCAGUGGCAAAAAGCCAUGCGUGACAAAGACCAUCAAGAGAAAACUGCAAUAAGGGAUCAGAGGCGUGCAACGACACUCAUGAACCGUUUUGACGUUGCUAUAGACCGCACAAAAGCAACAGAAUGUAAAAAGAAGGCUGCUCGACUCAAAAAAGAAGAGUCAUCACAGAUGAAACUGAAAAUUACACAGAGAAGAAUUCAGGAGGAAAAGAAAAUUAGAGACAAAGUGCGAGUGUUGUCAGGCAACUUUAAAACCAAACCCCAAAAGGCUAGAGAGGAGGUGAAGAAAUUCAAGCAAAGUGUCGUAAAGCAAAUCUCGAAGCAAAAUCAAAAGCUCUAUCUUCAAGGCCGAGAGGAAGAGCAGGCAGAAGUCCACAAGAAGAUGAAAGCCAUCCGUGAACAGAACACAAUCAAAUCUGUUCCUCUCAUUAGACUCAAAUUUGUGGAUGACACAGAGUUAGCAGGCCAUGAUCUCCUGGAAGAAAUGUCCUGCGCCGAGGUAAAGGAGCGUCUGAUUCUCAUGAAGGAAGCAGACAUAAUUGAGCAGCAGAAAAAACGAAACUGCAUCCUGGAGGAGAAACAUAAGAAGAAGCAGCUGCUGUGGGAAGAGAUGGACAACAUCAAUCUCAGAAGUAGAGUCAUGGGAAUGGCUGCUACAUUCAGGAAAGAAGAGAAAAGGAAAGCCAUUCUUAAAGUGCAACAAACUCGGGAGGAGACAGCCUUGGUUCUGCAAAAGAAGUUUGAAGAGAAAAAGCAAGAAUAUCAAAAAGUGAUGAAUUUUCUCCGCAAUAAGGAGGCGGUGGAAAACAAAGCAGGAGGGGAAAGUCAAGGGCAACAAACACUCUUAAAAACACAAUUUCAAAAAGCUGGAUUGAAGAAGAUAAACUGGGAAGACCUGGAAAACAAUUUACAGGAAUACAUUGAGAGAGGAGACUCUCAAGUUGUAUCUCAGAAGAAACAACUCAAAAAAGAAAUGUGUCCAAAAUAGUCUUUACACAUGUCCGAAACUUGGGUUCUAUUAGGGUUACAUGGCAAUGACCAGUAUAUACAUGACAAUGUGGGUGAGGAGAGCUCGUCAUUCCAUCUUUUAUUGCUUCUCAUCCACUUGAAGAACAAUUUGAAAAUAUUGAACAUGGAGCCGAGAUCUUGUCGGAAGAUCGCCACGACUUGGAAUAAUCCUCCAGGAAAGCAAUGUGGCAGAAAAGUGCCAGUCAGUCAUUAGAAGUUAGGGCUUAAUGCCCCUUUACACUCCAAAUACUGUAUGUUAAUAAAAACUUGACCAACACA